AUGGAUCAAUAUUUUAACCUGGAUCUAGCAAUUGAUUACUUUAUGACUUAUUAUAACAAGCAAAAAGUGCACAAAACAACUGGCUUUAGACCAGAAAUCUUGUUUUUUGAAACUAAUGAGCAGGUUUUUUUAAGUGUUGUAGAGAAUGUAAAAAAAAAAAAGCAUGAGAGAGAAAUUGAAAAGUUUAAUCAAAAGAUAGAAAACAAUGGAAUAUAUUUUAUGGAUUACUUAACAAAUCAAUCAGAGUUCAAGAUGGAGAAAUACUUUAUAGAAGAACUGCAGGCAUAG